UUAAAAGGGAGAACGUUAAAAAAUAUUCACUACAAAUUGUAAAUAAUUUCAAGUUUCCAGAUAAAUACGCCGCAAUGUAGAAUUAAUAUCAACAAAUUGCUGCUAUACAUUUAUACAAGGUUACGAACAAAAAGCAAAUAGCAGCAAUUAUUUCGUCAUGAAGCAUAAUGCGUUUUUGUAACGUGUGAUCACCGUGGAGGUUUUGUUUGCAUAAAACCACGGCAUAAAACAAGUUUUGUAAAACUAAUAGGCCUAAGGGCUUCAGUGAUGGCUACUUUAAGUAAUGUAAUAGAAUAUGAGCAAAUGCAAAAGAUAUUAUCAGAAUUUACGAGGCUAGAAGAUCAGUGUUAUUUGGAUAACGCUGGGUCAUCAUUAUACCCUCAACACUUACUACACUGUGUAACCAAGGAUUUGCUUAGUAAUGUCUACAUGAAUCCUCAUUCAGAUAAAUACACUAAAGAUUGUGUGGACCAAAUCCGAACUUCAAUAUUGAGGUUCUUCAAUACAGACUCAUCUGACUACUCAGUAAUUUUUACAUCCGGAACAACUCAAUCUUUGAAGUUACUCGUAGAAUCAUUUCAGUUCUCUUACGAUGAGCAAAAUUGUGGGUCAUUUGUAUAUUUAAGGGAUAAUCACACAUCUGUACUUGGUUUGAGAGAACUUGCUGCAGAAAAGGAUGUAGAUAUUAUUCAUCUCAAUCAUGAUGAUUUUCUUAAAGCAUUGAAUGCACAUCAUGUCACAUCAGUUACAGCCAGGACAAGAAAGAAUAAAAAUGAUGCCAACACAUUGCUAGUGUACCCUGCACAGAGUAAUUUUAACGGAUUUAAGUAUCCAAUAAACUGUAUUGAAAAAAUUAAAGAAGGCUGUCUGGACUCUUUUAUAAAACAGCACUUAUGCAAAAUUGAUUGUAAUUGGUAUGUGUUACUAGAUGCUGCUUCAUAUUUGUCAACAAAUAAGUUGGAUUUAUCAAAGUAUCAACCUGAUUUUGUUGCACUAUCCUUUUACAAGAUAUUUGGGUAUCCUACUGGAUUAGGUGCUUUAUUAGUAAAAAAUAGCAGUGCUGAUGUUUUGACUGAAAAAAGAUAUUUUGGCGGUGGUACUGUUGAUAUUGUAUUGAGCAAUGAAGAUUACCAUGUUAAAAGAGAAUUAUUUCAUGAAAGGUUUGAAGAUGGGACCCUUCCAUUUCUGUCUAUAAUAGCAUUGAAACAUUGUUUUGACGUUUUGCAUCAACUAAUCCCAAAAAUGGUUAACAAUGAUGUAAUGGAUACAAUAUCAUAUCACACAUAUAACUUAGCCAAGGAUUUGUACCUGCAACUAGACAAACUCUACCACAAAAAUGGCAAUAAAGCUGUUGUGUUUUAUACGGAUUCAGAAUUUAAUGACAUCAGUAAACAGGGUGCUAUUGUGACUUUCAAUCUUAUUAGAGAAAAUGGUUCAUACAUAGGAUACUCUGAGUUUCAGCAUAUUUCAGAUUUAUUUCGAAUAAGUGUAAGAACUGGUUGCUUUUGCAAUUCUGGUUCAUGUCAGAGACAUUUGAAUACUACAAAUAAGGAAAUGAAGGAUAUGUACAAAGCUGGGCAUAAAUGUGGCGAUGAAAUAGAUUUAGUUAAUGGCCGACCAACAGGAGCAAUAAGGGUAUCAUUUGGAUACUACAACACUUAUAAGGAUGUUGAUAAAUUGAUUUUGAUGAUAUCUCAAUGUUUUGUUCCAACUAAGCUUAAAAAACAAAACUGUGUAAAACAUCAGCUUAUACGGUUCAGCAGGAAAAAUUGUUUAAAGGAGGAAGAAACACAGCUAUUGAAUGAACAACAAUACUUCAAUAAAAUCAAUUUUAUUGAGGAAAAUACAUUUGAUGCUGAAAUUAGUCUAGCCGAAAUGUCAAUAUUCCCUAUCAAAUCGUGUGGUGCAUUCAAAAUUAAAUCAUCAUGGAAAAUUGGACCAAAAGGCUUUGAAUACGACAGAGAGUGGAUGAUAGUCAAAGAUAAUGGAGUCUGUUUGACCCAAAAGCAAAAUACUCAAAUGUGCCUUAUAAAACCAAAAAUCGAUCUCAAGCAUAGGAUAUUGUCUCUGAAUUGUAUAGGAAUGCCGUCUUUGUCACUACCAUUAGACAUGACUGACAGUAAGAAAACAAAUACAUCUUUUUGUCAGAGCAAAGUUUGUACAGACAUAAUACAAGGUUACGAUUGCGGGGAAGAAGCGGCUGAUUGGGUUUCUAAUGUUUUGGGGGUGUCAUUUUUGAGAUUAGUCAGACAAUCGAAUGAAGUAAAUAGAUUGCAGAAAAAGAAAAAAGAUGACACUGGGUCUAAACUAUUGUCACUGAGCAACCAAGCCCAAUUCUUAUUAGUGAACAAAGCAACUGUGCGUUGGUUGAGUGAGAACAUUAAAGACCCCCAGUUUACUGACAAUUUACAACAAUUGGCUGACAGAUUCAGGGGAAAUAUCGUAAUUGAUAUGGAACAGGAACUAGUUGAGAGAGAAUGGCAAAGAGUAAUUAUAGGAAAACACGAAUUUAAGGUUGAAGGACUGUGCUCAAGGUGCCAAAUGAUAUGCAUCGAUCAGAAUACAGGAGAAAAGACUGUGGAACCUCUACGGACAAUAUCUGAACAAUUCGCUGGGAAAUUGAGAUUCGGAAUUUACCUUUCUUACAUUGGCACUGUUGGCGGUUCUGAGGACCGCAUGUUGAAACUAAAAUCUUCCGUCAAGCCCGUAACUAACGACGAUGAUAUAAGCAGGUGAAAAUUUUGAAUCUCAAAUAAUAAAAUACCUACAUAGUUAUUUUACUUACCUAGUUAAUUAUAUCACUUUGAAUCUCGAAUUUAGACAGCACUUGUUUGAAUAAGUGCACAGUCGCAGUCUAUGGCCACGGGUGUUCCUGUUAAAGUCAUCAGUAGAUCACAUUUAUAUGCAAACUUGUGUAAUUAUUGUUCCUAAGAAAGUUAUUGUUGAUUUAGUUAUUAACUUAUUAUUAUGCACGAAUUACUAGUUAAACUGAGCGAAGAGAGCAUGAAAAAAUGCGGGUAGACAUAAAAUUAUUUUGGUUCAACACCUAAUGUUACACUUAUUUAAGGUUGUACUUAAAUCAGCAGCGGCCGAAGUCCUAGGUCUAGAGUAGAGCAAGAUUGUUUUUCAGUGCUCUAUCGGCGACGCUUUCAUUUCACGCAAAUUAUCUUCUCCGUAUGAUAGUUUCUAGAAUUUUGGCUUUUUAGCGUCAUUCCCUAGGGUCGGUGCUGCUCAAAAAGCUCGUAUAUAAAAAGAGAUGAAAUAUUAGCUUGGGAAUGCAUGUGACACAUUCUACACAUAUGAUUAUUAUUAAUGAGUUUAAAAAAUCUACAUUAUGUGAAAAUAGAAGAAUUUUGACUUCAUUGAUGCAUCCAGAUAGAACUUACAUUUUAUGGUGUAAUGUUCUGAACGCUGUAAGGGCAUCGAUGGAAAACAUAAAGACGAUGUUCAUUUAAGUUAUUAUGUGCUACUUAAUGUUAGUUUUGUAAAAUGUUGUUCCAAAAACUAACUUCAGUGUGAAAAUGUGUGUUGCUUGUAGUACACCUAUACCCCCUGCAGCCGCCAUCAAAACCAAUAGUCCAGUCGGAAUAAACAUGAGACCUAUUCUAAGACACCAGCGCUUAGCCAAUUUUUUCCUAGAUAGUAUAGACCCCCACGAAUAUGCCCUCCAUUUGUCCCCGCUAGAACCCGUGUUUUGUAGCCAGGAAAAUUGUUUAAACAAAAAAAAACCGGUUUUUUUGAGUUUUUUUGCUUGUAAACGGGGAUUUUGAAAUUUUUUUUGAAUCAAAGUUGUUCAUUAGCUUGCCCUCUACAAAAUCAGUUCUAUGAAAAAAUAACGUGAGAUUGUUAGUUUAGCAGUAAAUUGCAAUUAUGUCGGUUUUACGUUUGCAACAAUUCAACAUGUUAUAAUAAACAUUUUGAUUUCUAAAGUAGUUUAUCAUGUGGGUAACGCCACUCCCAAGAGAGUCAUGUAAAAUUUAUCGACCUGUGUCGCAAACUUUAGCAACAAUUCUCAAUCUCCGAAAAAAAAGUACUUGCCUGUCCCGUCUUUCCCAGAAGGCGCACAGCGGGGAAAAAAAUUCAGGUGAUUCGAUUCACCAAGAAUUUUGAGGAAUCGAUCGAGUAGAAAAAAAUCGUUAAUAAAAAUGUUCGUUUUUGGACGAUUUACAUUUUUUUUUAAAAAUUGACGUAGAAUAUAUUUUUUUUUAAACUAAUGUAUUUUUCUCUCCUCAACUCGAAUAUACGAUUGAAAAUUUAAAAAAUUCAGUUUAUUUAU